AUGUUACAAAUGGUGACUCAAAUCAAAGCAACGAGAUAUGAUGUAAUUUUUGAUCAGUAUUUUUCCACUUCCAUAAAAGAUUACGAAAAAUCUCGUCGACAUGAAUCAUCACAAUUAGAAUUCAACAUUACUGGACCAGAUCAAGUUCGUCCAUCAGAUUUCACGAAAGAGUUUAAAAACAUCCAUUUCAAACAGUCUCCUGUUGAAUUUUUUGCAAUACACUGGGCUACUGAUGAGAUGAUUCCAUUCAUUGGCAAUAAUAAAAAUUUUAUUAAUUUUCGACAAUGCAACUCUUUCACCGUAAUUAACAAUAAAGUUAUGUCUGAAAUCCAUGAAGAUUUAUCGUGUUCCGAGCAUGAGGAAGCGGAUACAAAGAUCGUAUACCAUGUUUGCAACAUCGAUGCUCAGGCUAAUUUUGUGAUACGAUGUUCAGAUACUGAUAUGGCAGCGAUAAUGCUAGGAAAUAUGCAUCAUUUGAAAAAUAAUGAUUCUCGAGUUUGGAUUUUGACCGGCACUGGUAACAAGCAGAGAUAUGUUGACUUGAAUGCUAUCUACGAACAAUUAGGACCGUCGUUGUGUCUAAGUUUACCAGCAUUCCAUGCUAUCACAGGAUGUGAUUUUAAUCCAGCAUUAUUCAAAAACGGCAAGCGAAAGCCGUUUAAUAUUUUGAAGAAAAAUGAAGAGUACCAACAAGCAUUUCACCGCUUUGGUAUGUUGGAUUUUGUUGAUGAUGUAAGUGAAGAAGAAUGUGUAAUCAAUGUUCCUGGAAUAAUUGAUGUAGAUGCUGCCAGACUACAAUGGUUUAUUAAUACAUAUAUGGUAUCUGAUAUUAAUGAAGAAUUCAAUUGGAAGAACUUAAGAAACUUCGAUGCCAGUAACUUACCACCUUGCUAA